GGUACCCGGCCUUGGGCAGGGCCGGGUUGGCUGGGGAGGGGUUUAGUUGCAGGGGCGGCGGAUUUGGAGCCGGCGUUUGCUCCGGAAGCAGCCCAGGGUUUAGCUUUUUGCGUUGGGGAGGGUCCAAGAGCCAAGGCUAGCCCAGGUGCAGAGGAAGGGCCAUCGGGAGACACCGUCCCGGUCCGGUACAGAGGUUCAGGACGCCGCAAGACUCAGAAAUCCUUGGCUUCCGGGGUUUCAAUCCUCUGGCAGCUCCCUGUUUUUUGUGUUUUGAGAUCCUAUUCAGAAUAGUAGCAGGGCAAAGGUUGCCACUCAAAUAGAUUAAAUUUAGCUACACAUCCAUCAUAGUUGAAGAAACUUGUGAACAAGUUGUGAAACAGGGGUGAUCCUCCUAAGAGUCAGAACACUGGCUUUGCAGUUACUGUCCUGUUCUAUGUCAGUUCUGUGAAGAGUGUCUUGCUCUAAGCAUCAGGUUGCUUCUGCCAAUUUUUCUAUUUUAAAGUUUUGUUAAACUCAUGCGCCAUGUGCUUUCUCACCUGCUUCAGUUACUUAGGCACCAGCAACGUUCAGGAUGUUGACAUUCCCCAUGUACUGAAAGGUGAUGGAGCACAAUUGUUUGGAGACCAUCUGGUUUGUCCAACACUAAUCUUCCUGCAGUAUCUCUACAUACAUCUGAAAUCUCUCAAAGAUAACCUGAGAUAAUUUGUGGGAAGAUGCUUAUUUUACUAGUGGUAUUACAGCUCUGCUUUUUAUCAUUUAAGAGUUUUGGGAUCAGAAGUCAUUACAUUACUGUUUCUGUGACUGCAUUAAGUCAUAUAAACUGUCAUCCAUCUGGAGAUUAUUUAUUGUAGGAUUCCAAGAUUGGAAAUAACUGUACAGAGGACCUGGUACAACUCCCCUUUGUCUUACAGAUAAGGAAAUUGACACCUGGCAAGUCCAUUUGGUAGGAAUAGGAGAUGGAAUUGAUUUAGCAAUCUCAUGUGGAUUCCCCACUGAGCAUGGAGCCUGAUACAGAGCUCGAUCUCACGACCCUGAGAUUACAGCCUGAGCAAAACCAAGAAGAGUUGGACCCUUAAUCGACUGUGCCCCCCAGACAACCCUCUGAAGAUGUGUUGAUUUAUACAUUUAUAAAGAAGACCAGCAGUGUUCAUUUAUUAUAAGAAGGAAAAAAAUAGCAUUAUAUUUACAUGGUUACAAAUACCAAAUGGACCCUUAGUUGGCAGAUUAGCUACUAAGUUUACUGGUGUGGUCAAAUGCUUGGAGACUCCAAGUUGUUUUGUUUUUGUUUUUAAAGAUUUUAUUUAUUUGUCUCUGAGACAGAGAGUGAGUGAGGGAGAGCACAAGCAGUGAGGGCAGGCAGAGGGAGAAGCAGGCUCCCUUCUGAGCAAGGAGCCUGCUGUGGGACUCAUCCCAGGAGCCUGGGAUCAUGACCUGAGCUAAAGGCAGACGCUUAGACAGCCACCCAGGCGUCCCAAGACCCCAGAGCUUAUGUGGAUUGAAGUCAUAUUAACAUGUUCCCCUUUCAAAAUUGCAAUUGACAGUUUAUGUAGGAGGUGUAGUGUUAAGAAUGUGUGACAGACCUGAGUUUCAUUCAUUCAUAACUGUUGAGAUUGGGCAAGUUAUUUAUCUACUUUGAUCCUCAGUUUUAGUAUCUGUAGAAUAGAUCUGAUGACCUUGUGUUGCACAGUUGUAGGAAUUAAAUGAGAUUCAUGAAAGGCCAGGCACUUAAUAGGCCCUCAUUAAAUAAUUUAUUGUCAGUGUCUGAGCUUUACUAGUCUAUAUGGUUGAUUUUUUUCUUCAUGAAGGCAUAACAAAGAGUUACUAAAAAAAACAAAGCAAUAAUUGUUAAAGAAAUUAUUUUUUAAUAUUAUUUUUUAAUUAUUAUCUUUUAAAGAUUUUAUCUAUUUAUUUGAGAGAGGGAGAGAGAAAGGGAGCAUGAGCAGGGGGAGGGACAGAGGGAGAGGGAGAAGUGAGCAGAGAGCCUGUUGCAGGGCUAGAUCUCAGGACCCGGGGAUCAUGCCCUGAGCCGAAGGAAGAUGCGUAACCAACCGAGCCACCCAGGCACUCCAAGAAAUUAUCUUAUGGUAGAGAGAUUAUUGGCCUGAGAAGUUUUAAGUUAUGAACUCUGAUCUGUUUAUCAGUUAUCUGUUUAAUCUCUAAGUCUCACUUUGCUCAAGUGUAAAAUGAAGGUAUAAGAAAUUCUGCAGAUUUGGGAGUUACUUUAGAAGCAUUCUGAGCAGCAGGAGACCUGCUAGAAAAGGUUUGAAGAUUGAGAUGAGAAUGCAGUGGUAGAAGAGAGAAGAGGUGUGUAGCUGUAGUUAAGGUAAGAGGAUAAAAUAUUAAAAACUGGACUUGAGUUUGACUAUUUUCUGGGCCAGAAUAUUUUUUGAAGGAGUGUUAGUAUCACCCAGACCCCUGGGAUUCUUACCUUUCUAUCUGGAGGUAUGACUUCAUAUAUUUGUCUAGAUUUUCUUUGGAACAUAAACAAUGGACUCCUUGGACCAUAUGCUGACGGAUCCCUUGGAACUGGGUCCAUGUGGAGAUGGCCAUGGCACUCGUAUUAUGGAAGACUGCCUCCUGGGGGGCACCAGGGUUAGUCUGCCCGAGGACCUUCUGGAGGACCCUGAGAUAUUCUUUGAUGUAGUCAGCCUCUCAACAUGGCAAGAAGUAUUGAGUGACUCUCAACGUGAACACCUCCAGCAGUUUCUGCCUCGCUUUCCUGAAGACAGUUUUGAGCAGCAAAAUCAGCUCAUCCUAGCCCUAUUCAGUGGGGAGAACUUCCGCUUUGGGAACCCUCUGCACAUUGCCCAGAAGCUUUUCCGAGAUGGACACUUCAACCCGGAGGUGGUCAAGUACCGGCAGCUGUGCUUCAAGUCCCAGUACAAGCGCUACCUGACAUGUCAGCAGCAGUACUUCCACAGGCUGCUCAAGCAGAUCCUGGCCUCCCGGAGCGACCUACUGGAGAUGGCCCGACGGAGUGGCCCAGCCCUUCCCUUCCGCCAGAAGCGCCCUUCACCGUCCCGGACCCCUGAGGAGCGGGAGUGGCGGACCCAGCAGCGUUACUUGAAGGUCUUGAGGGAAGUGAAGGAGGAGUGUGGUGACACAGACCUGUCAUCUGAUGAAGAGGCCACGUUGGAUUUACAAGAAAAAUUUUCUUUUGAAGAUCUCAGCUCAUGGCUUCCGAGCUCUCCAGCGCGUUCUCCUAGCCCUGCGGUGCCCCUGAGGGUGGUGCCCACGCUUUCAACCACGGAUAUGAGAACUGCAGAUAAAAUAGAACUGGGGGACAGUGACCUGAAGAUAAUGUUAAAGAAGCACCAUGAGAAGCGGAAACAUCAACCAGAUCAUCCGGACCUUUUGACAGGGGACCUCACACUCAAUGACAUCAUGACUCGAGUAAAUGCUGGCAGAAAGGGCUCUCUAGCAGCCCUAUAUGACUUGGCUGUCCUUAAAAAAAAGGUUAAGGAAAAAGAGGAGAAGAAGAAGAAGAAAAUAAAACUGAUCAAAUCAGAGGCAGAGGAUUUGGCUGAACCCUUAAGCAGUGCUGAUGGGAUCCCACCUCUCUCCCAGGCCCCUUCUCCACUGGCUAUACCUGCCAUUAAGGAGGAGCCUCUUGAAGAUCUCAAACCUUGCCUUGGAAUCAAUGAAAUAUCUUCCAGUUUCUUCUCUCUUCUAUUAGAGAUCUUGCUGCUAGAGGGGCAAGCUAGCCUUCCCAUGCUGGAGGAACGGGUUUUGGAUUGGCAGUCCUCUCCAGCCAGCUCCCUCAAUAGCUGGUUCUCUGCGGCCCCCAACUGGGCAGAGUUGGUGUUACCAGCUCUGCAGUAUCUUGCUGGGGAAAGUCGGGCCGUACCUUCCAGUUUCUCUCCGUUUGUUGAAUUCAAAGAGAAAACGCAGCAGUGGAAAUUGCUGGGCCAGGCCCAAGAUAAUGAAAAGGAAUUAGCUGCACUCUUCCAGCUAUGGCUGGAAACCAAAGACCAGGCUUUCUGUAAGCAAGAGAAUGAAGACAGCUCAGAUGCCACAACACCUGUUCCUCGGGUAAGAACUGACUAUGUGGUGCGGCCCAGCACGGGGGAAGAGAAACGAGUUUUUCAGGAGCAGGAGCGCUACAGAUACAGCCAACCUCAUAAGGCAUUCACCUUCCGCAUGCAUGGCUUCGAGUCUGUAGUGGGGCCUGUGAAGGGUGUUUUUGACAAGGAGACCUCACUCAACAAGGCUCGGGAGCACUCCCUGCUACGCUCUGACCGGCCUGCCUAUGUCACCAUCCUAUCUCUUGUUCGAGAUGCUGCGGCCCGGCUGCCUAAUGGGGAAGGUACCCGGGCAGAGAUCUGUGAGCUGCUCAAGGACUCCCAGUUUCUCGCCCCAGAUGUCACCAGCACCCAGGUGAACACAGUGGUGAGUGGAGCGCUGGAUCGGCUGCAUUAUGAGAAAGACCCGUGUGUGAAAUAUGACAUCGGGCGAAAGCUGUGGAUCUACCUGCAUCGAGACCGGAGUGAGGAGGAGUUCGAGCGGAUUCACCAAGCACAAGCUGCUGCAGCUAAAGCGCGGAAAGCCCUUCAGCAAAAACCCAAGCCCCCGUCCAAGGUGAAAUCUGGUAGCAAGGAGAGUUCACUGAAGGUCCUCAGCAGUGGUCCCUCCGAGCAGAGCCAGAUGAGCCUCAGUGACUCUAGCAUGCCACCCACCCCGGUCACACCUGUGACCCCCACCACUCCAGCUCUGCCUGCCACUCCAAUCUCCCCUCCACCUGUGUCAUCGGUGAACAAAAGUGGCCCUACUACUGUCUCAGAACCAGCCAAAUCUAGCUCAGGUGUUCUUCUGGUUUCUUCACCGACAAUGCCACAGCUAGGAACAAUGCUUUCCCCGGCUGCCAGCCAGACUCCACCAAGUUCUCAGGCCCCUGCCCGUGUUGUGAGCCACUCUGGCCCGGCUGGACUGCCCCAGGUACGGGUGGUGGCCCAGCCGGGCCUUCCCACUGUGCCUCAGCAGUCCACAGGGCAGACACAGACGCUGCCCCAGAUGCCGGCCGGACCACAGAUUCGUGCUCCAGCCAGCGCUCCACAGACCAAAGUCGUGCCCCAGACAGUUAUGGCUACUGUUCCAGUCAAAGCCCAGACUGCGGCAGCCACUGUGCAGCGUCCUGGCCCCGGGCAGACGGGGCUCACGAUGACCAGUCUCCCUGCCACAGCCAACCCCGCGAGCAAGCCAGCCACGAGUUCUCCCGGCAGCUCCGCUCCAAGUGCUUCCACGGCUGCUGUCAUUCAGAAUGUCACAGGACAGAACAUCAUCAAGCAGGUGGCCAUCACUGGGCAGCUUGGUGUGAAGCCCCAGACGGGCAACAGCAUUCCACUCACAGCCACUAACUUCCAUAUCCAGGGUAAGGAUGUCUUGCGUCUGCCGCCCUCUUCCAUCACCACAGAUGCCAAAGGCCAGACGGUUCUGCGAAUCACUCCGGACAUGAUGGCCACAUUGGCCAAGUCCCAGGUCACAACAGUCAAAUUGACCCAGGACCUCUUUGGGACAGGAAGCGGCACUGCAGGCAAAGGCAUUUCUGCUACCUUACACGUCACUUCCAAUCCGGUCCAUGCCACAGAGAGCCCUGCCAAGGCCAGUUCAGCUAGUGCCCCUGCGUCCACUCCGACAGGUACCACCGUGGUUAAAGUGACUCCUGACCUCAAGCCAACAGAAGCCUCAAGUUCAGCUUUCCGCUUGAUGCCAGCACUUGGUGUGAGUGUGGCAGACCAGAAGGCGAAAAACACGGUGGCUUCUUCAGAAGCAAAACCAGCUGCCACGAUCCGCAUCGUGCAGGGCCUGGGAGUGAUGCCCCCCAAAGCAGGCCAGACCAUCACAGUUGCGACCCAUGCCAAGCAAGGGUCCUCAGUGGCCAGUGGGUCUGGAACUGUCCAUACUUCAGCGGUGUCCUUGCCCAGUAUGAAUGCUGCUGUGUCCAAGACUGUGGCCGUGGCUUCUGGGGCUGCCAGCACGCCCAUCAGCAUCGGGACGGGAGCCUCUGCAGUGCGGCAGGUCCCUGUCAGCACCACGGUGGUUUCCACAUCCCAGGCUGGGAAGCUGCCCACGAGGAUCACGGUUCCACUGUCUGUUAUUAGCCAGCCUAUGAAGGGCAAAAGUGUGGUCACGGCCCCCAUCAUCAAAGGCAACCUUGGAGCCAACCUCAGUGGGUUGGGCCGCAAUAUCAUCCUCACCACCAUGCCGGCGGGUACUAAGCUCAUUGCUGGCAAUAAGCCUGUGAGUUUCCUCACUGCACAGCAGUUGCAGCAGCUUCAGCAACAAGGUCAGGCCACACAGGUGCGCAUCCAGACUGUCCCCGCAUCCCAUCUUCAACAGGGAACAGCUUCUGGUUCCUCCAAAGCAGUCUCCACUGUCGUCGUGACCACAGCUCCAUCUCCUAAACAGGCACCUGAACAGCAGUGAUUCGGGGAGAGAGAGAUGGUGUCCGUGCACGCACUCACGCAAGCCCGCCCGGUUUGCCCUCCUGGCUGAGACGAGGGGAGCUGGGAGGCGGCGGCGUUCUUCUCAGCUUGUCUGGUUGGGGAAGGCCGGCAGUGGCGUGACGGCAUCCGUGGCCUGGAAUCUGCUGCCAUACUCCACGGUGGAGCACUCCGAGAAAAGUCCCCGCCAGACUUCCCGGCGCUGUGCGGUUGCGAUCGGGAGAAGCUCCUCUGCAGGGUGGCGUGAGGUCAUUGUUGUGCCACACGAGCCCCAGUUCUCUUCCUAAGAGCCAGACACCAGGGGCAGGUUCAUAGCCACAGAGUGUGCAGACCGUCAGGAAGCCAUGUUCUCUGUGGGGAUUGGAUUUUCUAGCUUCUGCUCUUCUCUGUGACUAGU